GGAUUCGGCUUUCGUAUUUGAUGUGAGGCGCGGACACACUCUUAGGUCCACUUCAGAAUCCAGACAAGCGUACAAUGCUGAACAGUGUGCCGAUAUCUGCUUGGCUGAGGAAUGCAAAGCUUUUGUUUGGGACGAAGUGAAUGAGAAGUGCCGAUUCUUCAACUCUACUAGUGGAGAAGACUUGGAACGUAUUGUCAACUUCACUUACUAUGAAAACAAUUGUCUAAAUUCCGAAUCACGUUGCCCGAAUGGCCGGAUCGAGUUUUUGCAAAUAAAACAUGCAGAUGUUCCUUCCUUUGGUGUUUCUGUGGGUGUUAAAAGCAUACGAAAUUGUAUGAAAGAAUGUGUCGAUACAACUUUAUUCCAUUGUAAAUCAUCCCAGUUUGAUCCCGUUUCAAGCGAAUGUUUUGUGUCGAACGAGGCUUCAGAUGCAGCUGUUUCAUCUGCAAAUCUCGACAUGUACGAAGCAUUUUGUUCAACUGCCGCUGAAGGAGCAACGACCUGUAACCGACCGUAUGCUUAUGAAAAACUCAUCACGUCGCGUCUCCUCGAUGCACCGAAAAUUCAAGAGCUGAAUAGUAUGUACAGGAAUUUUUGA